GCUUCCCCGAAACCCCUCUCACGGAUCCACACACUAGAUCACCACACAUAUAAAUACAAACAAAAUCUCCCUUCCACUCAUCAGAAAGCGCACACCUUAUCGUUCCUUCUCCUCUCGGUUGCGGUUGUUCUUGUUAGCGGUUGAAGAUGUCUGGGCGUGGAAAGGGAGGCAAGGGUUUGGGAAAGGGGGGAGCGAAACGACACCGUAAGGUGUUGCGCGACAACAUUCAGGGAAUCACGAAGCCUGCGAUUCGGCGUUUGGCGCGUAGGGGUGGCGUCAAGCGUAUUAGCGGUCUCAUCUACGAAGAGACACGUGGCGUGCUCAAGAUCUUUCUCGAGAACGUCAUUCGUGACGCCGUUACCUACACCGAGCACGCUAGGAGAAAGACCGUUACGGCGAUGGAUGUCGUUUAUGCCCUCAAGAGACAGGGAAGGACCCUGUAUGGAUUUGGGGGCUAGGUUCUUUUUGUUCUUCCAAUUAUUAUUAGAUUUCCUUUGUUGGCUCUAGAGGUUUGUGUGGAUGGAUGUUAGGAACCAUUGAUGUUGGGAAGAUAGAUUUUUUUUUUUUUUUUUUCCUUUUGCAAGGAUUGGGUGUGGUGGGUUGAUGGUGGUGCUUUAGGGAUAGUUGCACAAUAACGUGUAUUGUAGUGAGGUAUCUGGUCUGUUAUUGCUGGCAAGUUUGUAAUUUGAUCACUAUAUAUUGUUAAUGCUAGAAUCACCUUUUUUCUGCUAA